CACGGGAGUUGUAUUGCUUUGGAUACAGGAAGUAGAGCUGUGUAACUGUUGUCAAUAAAGGGCAAAACAUAAAUCCAGUUGAUCAAUCAGUUGUCUGUCAUACCCGACUGUUAGUUUGCCUGAAUUGCAAUUUUUACAUUGCAAAUCGAAGUAAAACAUGUCAACGACUGCUCAACUAUUCGAGGAGCCCUUUGAUGCAGACGAGUACAUAGAGAGGUUGGCCUGGAGAACCCCUGGAGGAGGGUCCAAAGGAGGAGCAGAGGCAUUCGACCCCAAAAGACUGCUGGAGGAGUUUGAGAACCACAUAGAGGAGCUGAAGCAUCUGGAUGAGAAGAUCCAGCGGCGGGUGGAGAAGCUGGAGCACCAGUGUCACAGAGAAGCCAAGGAGUUUGCCCACAAAGUGCAGGACUUACAGAGGAGCAACCAGGUAGCCUUCCAGCACUUCCAGGAGUUGGACGAGCACAUCAGCUAUGUGGCCACCAAGGUGUGCCACCUUGGUGACCAGCUGGAGGGAGUGAACACGCCCAGGCAGAGGGCUGUGGAGGCCCAGCGUCUCAUGACCUACUUUAAUGAGUUCCUGGAUGGGGAGCUUCGCAGUGAUGUCUUCAACAACCCAGAAAAAAUUAAGGAAGCUGCUGAUAUCAUUCAGAAGUUGCAUCUCAUAGCCCAGGAGCUGCCAUUCGACAGGUUUGCAGAUGUUAAGGCCAAGAUUGCAAGUAAAUACCACGACCUGGAGCGCCAGCUGAUCCAGGAGUUCACGGCGGCCCAGCGUAGGGGCGAGAUUGGCCGCAUGCAGGAAGUCGCCGCGGUCCUCUUACACUUCAAGGGCUAUGCACACUGUGUGGAUGUAUAUAUCAAGCAGUGCCAGGAGGGGGCUUACAUGCGUAGUGAUGUGUUUGAAGACACUGCACUCCUCUGCCAGCGGGUCAACAAGCAGGUGGGAGAGGUCUUCCAGAGCCCAGAGACCGUCAUGGCCAAACUCAUCCAGAACAUAUUUGAGAACAAACUACAGGCCCACGUAAAAGAAAAACUGGAUGAAACCCGCCGCUCUGAUGUUGAACAAUACCUCAAAAACCUCUAUGACCUUUAUACCAGGACAACGGCCUUGGCUUCCAAGCUGACCGAGUUCAACCUGGGCUCAGACAAACACACCUUCCUGUCCAAGCUCAUUAAAAACAUCUUCUCUAACUAUCUGGAGAGCUACAUUGAAAUGGAGAAAGACUACCUCCGCACACGCAGUGCCAUGAUCCUGCAGCGCUACUACGACUCCAAGAACCACCAGAAACGUCCACAGGGUGGGGGCAGUAUCCAGGAGCUGAAGGAGCGGAUCAGGCAGCGCACCAACCUGCCCCUGGGGCCCAGCAUUGAUACCCACGGAGAGACCUUCCUCUCCCAGGAGGUGGUGGUCAACCUGCUGCAGGAAACGCGCCACGCUUUCGAGAGGUGCAACAGGCUCUCAGAUCCCUCGGACCUGCCUAAGAACGCCUUCUCCAUCUUCCUGCUGCUGGUGGAACACCUGUGUAUGGACCACAUCGACUACGCACUGGAAAUCGGCCUCUCCGCCAUUCCCUCAGCUGAUGCCAAGAAUGCCAACCUGUACUUCCUGGAUGUGGUCCAGCAGGCCAACACCAUCUUCCACCUGUUUGAUAAGCAGUUCAACGACCACCUAAUGCCUCUUAUCAGCUCAUCUCCCAAACUGACAGAGUGCCUGCACAAGAAGAAGGAGGUGAUUGAACAGAUGGAGGUGAAACUGGACACCGGCAUAGACAGGACACUGAACUGCAUGGUGGGACAGAUGAAGCACAUCCUGGCUACGGAACAGAAGAAGACAGACUUCAGGCCUGAAGAUGAGAACAACGUCAUGAUCCAGUGCACCGCAGCCUGCUCCAAGGUGUGUGUGUAUGUGAGUCGGCAGGUGGAGCGUGUGCGGAAGUCCAUGGAUGGUAAGAACGUGGACACAGUGCUGACGGAGCUGGGCGUGCGUUUCCACCGCCUCAUCCACGAGCACCUGCAGCAGUACAGCUACAGCUCCAUGGGAGGCAUGCUGGCCAUCUGCGACGUGGCCGAGUACCGCAAAAGUGCCAAGGACUUCCGGGUUCCUCUUGUGCUGCAGCUCUUUGACACGCUCCACGCCCUGUGUAACCUCCUGGUGGUUGCCCCAGACAACCUCAAACAGGUCUGCUCCGGUGAGCAGCUCACCAACCUGGACCGGAACCUUCUGCACGCCUUCGUACAGCUGAGAGUGGACUACCGCCAGGCCAGACUGGGACGACACUUCAGCUAAUGGCCCUGGCCAAUGCGUCGCUGUCCAGCCAUCGGUCCGUCCAAUCACCACGGCCUAUGAUUUCACAAAACUCAACCAUGGAAACGGAAUUCAGCCAACCUGGAUGGAGUUUUCUCAUCUGCAGUAGCACCUUUUGCUUUGUCCAUCCUAGAGGCCAAGAAAGACCACCGCCAUUCACAGUUGGUCGACAGAUAGCCUAGAGGUUAGAGCAGGGUUUCUUAAACUAUGGGUCGGGACCCAAAGUGGGCCCUGAGUUUGUGGGAGGUGGGUCGCGAGUUAUGAGAAUACAUAUAUAAUCAAACACUAUUUCUUCUUAAUUUGGUUUGUUGGAGGACGAUUUGGGUCACUGGAGGACGGUCAAUUUCUCAUUUGGAUCUCGAGCUGAUAAAGUUUAAGAAACCCUGGGUUAGAGCAUUGGGCCAGUAUCCGAGAGGUCGCUGGUUCGAAUACUCGAGCCGACAAGGUGAAUAAUCUGUUUAUGUGCCCUUAAGCAUGGCACUUAACCCUAGUUUGCUCCAGGGAUGCGAUACUUUGAUGACUGACCCUGUAAAACAGGGCUGUCAAACUCAUUCCACGGAGGGCAUAGUAUCUGCUGGUUUUUGGUUUUCCUUUCAAUUAAGACCUGGACAACCAGUUGUGAGGAGUUCCUUACUAAUCAGUGUACUUGAUUGAUGAAUUAAGGUCAAGGGAGGAUGAACACCCGCGGACACUCAGCCCUCCGUAGAAUGAGUUUGACACGUGCUAUAAAAUAACACAUUUUCACUGCACCUUUCACCUAAAGUUUCCUGCAUUUUGCCCUUGACUUCUGCAACACAAAGAAUUUUAAAUGUAUAUGACUCUUGUUUUGAAAUACUAAUCCACCAAAACAUGAUUGGGUCAUAUUACCGGUAAUAUCAACCUUGGAUUUCCAAGCUUUCAACUUUAACAUAGAGCGACAUUUUGUUUUGAUUGUGCCAAAUGUAUAUUCUGUGGCUGCACUUGUACACAGGAACAGACUUUAAAGCUACUGCAAAGAGAAAGUUGAGCUCUUCAUAGCUCAGGCCUGUCAUGGCACUGACUGACUGCAUACUGGAAACAGCCACCCCUCAUACAGAACUCCCAGAGGAAUCUACUCUCACCAACAUCCUUCUCUCUCUCCUCCCGAACCAAGCCUGCUAAAGAGCUCCGCUGUGCCUGCCAGAGAGAGUCACAUGACCACCUCUCUCCGACCCCUGACCUCAAGGGAGAGGUGAGGAGUCAACACACUGGCUGUGAUCCCAGCCGUAAUCAUGUCUGAGAACCACUCGGGGGUCCUGGGUGGUCCGUCUGUGGCUAAGAUGACAGGUCCGAGAGGUCAGUGAAUGUGUCAUUGUAAUUGCAUAGAUCAACACCUGCUUAUCCAAUGAGGCUUACCAUCCGUGCUCUCCAUUGUGGACUUCUCUUCACCGCUUAAGGAGAUAAUGAGUGAAAGUUAAGUGGACUUCACGGGGCCUACAGGAGGCCAGGGAGGGUCAAGAUCGCUGUGCCUCUGCGUUCUCUAUGGUGGUAAUUGUUUGUCUAUCAGUGUCGGUGAGACCAAACCUGAAGUUAUGUAUUAUGCUAAGCUAUUCCCAGUAUACUGCUGUUUACCUUUAAUGAGUCAUAAAAAAAAAUGUGUUUAAUUAGUCUCAUUUUCAUGAACAAUAACCGUGAAGAAAGAGUUUGAAAUGUAAGAACUCAGUGAGAGAGUAGGCUUCGUGCAGGAAGUGAUAGGAAUAGACUUAUAACUCAUUAGGUAUUCUUAACAUGCCAGACUCAGAGUAAUUUCUCCCUAAAAGAGUAAAGUUCUCUAGACUACAGGAACAGAAUCUGUUCGAGGGAUUAGACAUCUAGCGGUUCAUGAAAUGUGUGCAGUCGUCAUGGACUGGAGAGAUGGGGCGAGAUGGAGAUGGCUGAGCACUCAGCCACUGCUCCGGCUGGCUAGUGUUGUGUAGAAGGUACACAGAGUGCUGAGCAAAGUCAAACAACAUCAUUAAUUAGGCUAAUAUUAUUAUCAAUGCCACGGAAAUUAAAUUCUCCCAGCCCUAAUCACAACUGGAUAGCUUGUAAAAAAUAUUUUGUUAGGCCCUGGUGCAAACACUGGGCCUUCUACCAAACAUUUGAAAACGAUUUGUUUUAGCAGCGAUUAAUACAUGCUGCCUGGGUAGGGGUGGGGGGAAUGGGCCCCGGCUAGAGACUAUAACUGGAGAGGAGGCUAAGGCACAGCCUGCCCCCAGGGACGCCCUGCAUGGGUAAAUGGGAGGGAUGGUUUUUUUCGGGGGUGUUUGAGCAGCUGGAGGGGAUUAGUAACACUGUCAAUACUGGAGAGCUGGAUAAGACUGUUCCGUCUUACUCGUCAGCCGCCACAGUCUGAGCAGCUCCUGCAUCGACACACGUUUACACACACAAGCACACGCAGGGGCGUCUGUCUGGAGACGGAGACAAAACAACGGAAAACUGUUCUUGUUCUACAUUCAAUCAAACCCCUGGUUGAGGAAGAUAUACAGUGCAUUUGGAAAGUAUUCAGACCCCUUGACUUUUUCCACAUUUUGUUACCGAACAGCCUUAUUCUAAAAUGCAUUACGUUGUUUUUUCCCCCUCAUCAAUCUACACACAAUACCCCAUAAUGACAAAACAGAAACACGUUUUUAGAAAUGGUUGACAAAUUAUUAAAGAAACUGAUCACAUUUACAUAAGUAUUCAGACCCUUUACUCAGUACUUUGUUGAAGCGCCUUUAUCAGCGAUUACAUUCUCAAGUCUUCAUGGGUAUGAUGCUACAAGCUUGGCACACCUGCAUUUGGGGAGCUUCUCCCAUUCUUCUCUGCAGAGUUCUGUCAGGUUGGAUGGGGAGCGUCGCUGCACAGCUAUUUUCAGGUCUCUCCAUAGAUGUUCAAGUCCGGGCUCUGGCUGGGCCACUCAAGGACAUUCAGAGACUUGUCCUGAAGCAACUCCUGUGUUGUCUUGGCUGUGUGCUUAGGGUCAAUUGUCCUUUUGGAAGGUGAACCUUUGCCCCAGUCUGAGGUCCUGAGCGUUCUGGAGCAGGUUUUCAUCAAGGAUCUCUCUGUACUUUGAUCUGUUCAUCUUUGUAUCGAUCCUGACUAGUCUCCCAGUCCCUUCUGCUAAAAUAUCCCCACAGCAUGAUGCUGCGACCACCAUUCUUCACCGUAGGGAUGGUGCCAGGUUUCCUCCAGACGUGACGCUUGGAAUUCAGGCCAAAGAAUCAAGCCAGAGAAUCUUGUUUCUCAUCUGGUCUGAGUCUUUAGGUGCCUUUUGGCAAACUCCAAGCGAGCUGUCAUGUGACUUCCGUCUGGCCACUUUACCAUAAAGGCCUGUUUGGUGGAGUGCUGCAGAUUAGGUUGACCUACUGGAAGGUUCUCUAAUCUCUACAGCGGAACUCUCGACAUCUGUCAGAGUGACCAUUGGGUUCACCUUCCUGACCAAGGCCCUUCUCCCCCGAUUGCUCAGUUUGUCUGGGCGACCAGCUCUAGAAAGAGUUUUGGUGGUUCAAAACUUCUUCCAUUUAAGAAUGAUUGAGCCCACUGUGUCCUUUGGGACUUUCAAUGCUCCAUAAAUAUUUUGAUACCCUUCCACAGAUCUGUAUUUAUUUUGUAUAUUUUUGCCAAAAUUUGAUUGCUGGGGAUUGUUGUUUCUAAUUUAAUACAUUUUAGAAUUAGGCCGUAAAGUAACAAAAUGUGGAAAAGUCAAGGGGUCUGAAUACUUUCCCGACGGCACUAUUUCCUCAUGCUUUUUCCUGUUCAGAUUGAAAGGAAGUUCUGCAAGAAUGCAAGCAUCUGGAUGUAGCCAAAGAACCUUAUUCAACUUGUAAAAACAUGCACAGUACACAUUUGAUAUUUUUAUCUAUCAAUCAUUUCUGAACUUCCUAAACAAGGAAAUGCAGAACAUGCAUCCAAACCCAUUAAUUCACUUUCCCUCCUCUCUCUCUUCCUCCACUCUCCCUGAGUUUUAUCCUCACCCAGCAGGCUCAGGUAGAGCUCAGCCAGCAAUUACACCUGUAUUAGUGGCCAGAUACGGAGUGCCCCUCUCUUAAGCUACCAAACCUGCCAACCUGCAGUGUCACCAGGCUAAUUCUCUGUCACUCACACCCUCAGUAAGGAAGAUGUCUCCUUGUCAAGAGUGAUCUCCAUGAGGCAAUAUGAAAAGUGGAUGUAUUGUUUUGUCAUUUGUUCUUGGCGUGUGUUAUUGUAUUCAAAUGAAAGACAAACUGUUUCAAACGCUA